GGUGGGCACGCGUUGCGCGCGGUCAGUCAGGGCUUGGGUUCGCGCGGCGAUGCUCGGAAGGCCAUGAUGAAGACCGACUCCUCCUCGUCGUCCUCCUCGAGGGCCGCGCUGCCCUCGCUGCAUCCGCACGAUGCCGGGAGCGGCCGCGCCUACGGCUCCAACGUGCACCGCAUCAAGAGCCUCUUCAUGCAGAUGGGCGCGAGCCCGGACCCCCCCGCGGCGCCCAGAGCCGCGCGCGCCCCGCUGCCCCGCGCCGGCAGCCUGAACGAGCGCGUGGACCAUGGUGCUCUGCUGAAGCUCGGCGCGGAGGGCGCGAGCUCCAUGGGCAGCAUCACCUCCUCCAUCAGCACCUCCUCCAUCAGCAGCAUCACCUCCUCCAUCAGCACCUCCUCCAAGCUGCAGGAGACCAGGAGGAUCUUUGAGCGGCAGCAGGAGGAGGAGGAGGAGGAGGAGGAGGAGGGCGCCGCCAGCCGGAGCGCGCUAAAGAAGGAGCGGACCGCCGGCCUCCAGCACGGGCGUCUGGACGUGGUGGCCCGUUUCAAUGGCAGCACUGAGUCACUGGACGGGCCGGACGCGGCCGAGGCCGUGUCGCCCACGGUCAGCCAGCUCAGCGCCGUGUUCGAGCGGGCGGCCGAGCUGCGCUCCAACCUGCACCGCCUGUCCUGCAUCAGCACGGGCAGAGCACGACCCGCCCCAGCGCAGGAGCACAGGGGCCCCCGCAGGGGCCGAGAGGCAGAGGGCACUGCCGAUGACCUGAAAGAGAACAGGGAGGCAGAGCGGCAGGCCGAGUCUUUAAGGGAAACCAACGGCGAGGCCUCGGAGACGGACCCUGGGGCCGCUGGGGCAGAGGUCAGCGGGGCGAGCCGGGCCAGUUGCUCCGUGGGGGUCAGUAAGGAGGACGAUGGGGAUGAUGAUGCCACCCUGAAGGAGGAUUCUUCAACAGGGGCCACCCUGGUGGAGGGCAGCACGUACAGUGCUGCGGGGGAGGACUCCGGAGGCAGUCAGCUGGGGGACGAAGACGACGAAGAAGAGGAGGCCUACGAGCCCGAAGCGACCUGCCUGGAGGUCCCAGGGCUUCCUGUAGAAGAGGAGCCACCGCCGAGCCGCAAAAUCCGCUUCAGCACCGCGCCGAUUAAGGUGUUUAUGACCUACUCCAACGAGGACUACGACAGGAGGAACGAUGAUGUGGACCCCAUGGCUGCCUCGGCCGAGUACGAGCUGGAGAAGCGAGUGGAGAAGCUCGACCUGUUUCCCGUAGAACUGGACAAAGACAGAGAGGGUCUGGGUAUCAGCAUCAUCGGGAUGGGCGCUGGAGCUGAUAUGGGUCUGGAGAAACUAGGAAUAUUUGUCAAGACGGUCACUGAAGGAGGAGCUGCACACCGAGACGGCAGGAUCAACGUGAAUGAUCUGAUAGUGGAGGUUGAUGGGAUCAGUCUGGUUGGGGUGACUCAGAGUUUUGCUGCCUCUGUGUUGAGGAACACCUCUGGUACAGUUCGGUUUACGAUCGGCCGGGAGAAGCCAGGGGAGCAGAGCGAGGUGGCGCAGCUGAUCCAGCAGACACUCGAACAGGAGCGCUGGCAGCGGGAGAUGAUGGAGCAGCGCUACAGCAACUACACGGGAGACGAAGAUGAGCCUGCAGGCUACGGCAGCGAUGAGGAUGAGGAGGAAGAUGAAGACACGGGCUCUAUGUACCCCAGCGCCAUCGAGGUGUUUGAUCUGGCCGAGAACGAGGACGCGCUCUCUCCCGUGGACAUGGACCCUGAGAAACUCGCCCACAAAUACAAAGAGCUGCAGAUCAAGCACGCCGUGACUCAGGCUGAGAUCCAGCAGCUUAAGAAGAAGCUGAGUCACGCGGAGCAGGAUCGGCAGCGCUGGCGCGCUGAGAAGGCUCAGUUGGAGCAGAGCGUGCAGGAGAACAGGGAGCGCAUGGACAAGCUGGAAGGUUACUGGAUGGAGGCGCAGAGUCUUUGCCAGGCGGUGGACGAGCACCUGAAGGAGACGCAGGCGCAGUAUCAGGCCCUGGAGCGCAAAUACAGCAAAGCCAAGCGCCUCAUCAAAGAGUACCAGCAGAAGGAAAUUGAGUUUCUGAAGAAGCAGACGGCUCAGCGGAGGACUCUGGAGGAGACUGAAGCAUCGCACAAGGAGGAGGCAGAGCAGCUCAAGGUCAAGGUAGAGCAUGUUACUGAUCUGGAGUCACAGGUAGAGGAGCUGAGGUCAUCUGAACCGUUAUAAAGACUGAUGCUGUUUUGAAAUGCUACUGAACUAGAAGAAUGCUGGAAGAUGUGAACAGCGUUGCAAAGGAAUCCACUUUAAUCCCUUACGUUUUAACGCUCGGCCUUUCCCCGUCUUGAACAUUUCCUUUGUGAAUACUCCUAUGAUCAGUGUUAGCUUUUAAAAGUUUUUUGAUUUUUCCUGAAACUGAUUUUAUUACAUGCUGGGCUACAGCUUUUAAAGAACUAGACUGGCAAAAAGAUCAAAUUGUUCACAAUUUCCCACUUACCCCAGAUAUACUCGAUGAGCUGAGACAUGUUUAUGGUUCAGAUUUUGCUAUUUGGAUUGGAGUUACAAGGCUAAUGUUUCUAACAAACGCUAGAAGUCAAUAGUCACCGAAAUGUUUUCUGUAAAAACAUCCCUAAAACGUCCCUCAACUCACUCAAACUGCAUCAAGGUCUUCAUUAAGAUGUGUCAGCAGGGGUUCUCAACCU